AUGGAGGCAGUCAAGCCCGACGAGCACAGCGCCAAGAUAGCUCACAAGCAUGAUGACCACAAGAAGCACGAAGUGGCUAAGAACGCACGCAUGGAGCGCCACAGCGGUGAUGGCCACAAGCUGAAGGAGGGUCCUAAGAAAGAGGGUGGCGGUCGCGGCAACUGGGGCACGUUUAAGCAGCGGUGCUACGGUGAGGGCGGUGGGCCUUGUGUGGUCAAGAACCACACCGGCUAA